GAGGAAAAAACAAAAUUCCCCCUUCCAAAGCAGCCUAUCUCAAGUAGUCCACCCCCACCCAACUGCCAUCUCUUUCCCAGCCAAAUUCCGAUCCCAACCCCCACCGCCAUCCAUGGAUCUCCAGCUGGAGGAGCUCGAGUCCCUGACUCUCACGGACGUCCUCCGCGAGUCCGUCGCCAUUCCCCGCUCCUCUCCUCGCACCUUCGCCCUGAUUACCCUCACCCUCGUCUUCCCCCUCUCUUUCGCCGUCCUUGCCCACACUCUCUUCACCCACCCCAUCCUCCGCCACCUCCAAUCCUCCUCCUCCUCUUCUUCUGGCGGAUGGGCCCUUCUCCUUCUUUACCAGUUCGUCUACCUCCUCUUCCUCUUCACCUUCUCCCUCCUCGCCACCGCAGCCGUGGUCUUCACGGUGGCCUCCCUCUACACCGCCAAGCCCGUCUCCUUCCGCUCCACCAUCGCCGCCAUCCCCCCAAUCCUUCCCCGCCUCCUCCGCACCUUCCUCUGGGUCGCCCUCCUCAUGCUUCUCUACAACCUCGCCUUCGCCCUCGCCGUCCUCCUCCUCCUCCUCGCUACCCCCUCCGUCGACUCCCCCUCCUUCCUCCUCGGCCUUGCCCUCGUCCUCCUCGCCUUCCUCGCCGCUCAUGUCUACAUCUCCGCCAUCUGGCACCUCGCCAGCGUCGUCUCUGUCCUCGAGCCCCUCUGCGGCCUCGCCGCCAUGGCCAAGAGCCGCGACCUCCUCCGCGGCCGCGCCCGCAUGGCCGCCGCCUUCGUCGUCACCUACCUCGGCUUGUGCGGCCUCAUCGGCUGGGCCUUCCGCGCCGUCGUCGUCAAGGGCCCCGACGAGGAGGGCAGCGCCCAGGCUGGGACCGGGACCAAGGUCCUCAUUGGCGGGGCCCUCGUGGCAGUGCUCGUCGUGCUGAACCUGGUGGGAUUGCUGGUGCAGAGUGUGUUCUACUACGUGUGCAAGAGCCACCACCACCAGCAGAUUGAUAAGAGCGCGCUCUACGACCACCUCGGCGGCUAUCUCGGGGAGUAUGUGCCCCUGAAGAGCUCCAUCCAGAUGGAGAACCUCUGAAUCUCUGAAUUGAAUCGUGCCUAUUGCUAAUUCUUCAUCAUUUCAAGGAGACAAUGGUGAUAGUGACUGGGAAUUCUGGUUUGGACUGGUGGGCCACAUUCCCUCAUCAGGUUCGUUGAAACAUCAUCUCUUCUGUUCAGGAAGUACAUCCUCAGAGAGGUGGAACCCUAGAUGUGGCAGGGGCAGCACGAAAGGCAUCUAUGUGUGGUGGUGUACCGUAUUGGGUACAAACUUGCUGAUGCCAGCCUCUUGGACUCGGCCAAGGCUUUGUUGAACCUAAUUAUCAACCCUUGUUAUUAAAACCAGUUUGAUCGUCCCUAGAUGCUGCCUAUUUCCAGAUCGUUGCCAUUCUCCCAUUGGAAAUUUAAAUUCAAACGUCUCUCUCCUCCUCCUACCCUCGCUUCCUAGCUUUGCAAACCAAUUCGAUGUGACUUCUAAGCCGUCUCCUGCAGUUGAAAGUAUCACAAUCAUCCCUGUAAACCAUCCAACAUUUCCACCUGUCUUUCUUCUCUAAUCCCUGUUGCAAGGUUUUUACAGGGAUUUUACAGUGUCUUUCUUCUACUCGGUUGGCUUCUACUAGACCAUUUGUAGCUAGCUCAUCUUCCCCAGCAACUUUUAAGUGGUGUUCGUUACUGAGAAAAAAUAAAUUGGAAGUUUGAGGGAUUGAAGAGAAGAGUCUCUAGGUAGAAAACCUUCUCUUCAUCAACUCUCUUACUGCCGGAGACUUUGUCAAGCUGGGUAAAGGCCGUGGCCUUCGUCCACUCUAGAAGACCCUGUUGCUUCUGCUAGUAGUUUGGAGAACCUGGAAUGAAUUGAGAUGCAAAACAAGUUGCCUUCCAGUGGGUGUUUCUUUCAGGACGUAAAUAGAAGUGAAGGCAAUUUAUCACUGUUUUGAGUAGCUCUAAUCUCGCUUCAAUGGAUUGCUGUUUUGGGUCUCCAUGCCACUGGUUCCGGUUCAACAUGGUUUGUUUGGUGGGAUGAGGCAGAUUUCCAAUCUACUUCUCUCCUCAAGUGUUCUGUGUUUCUUUUUUUUUUGGUUGUUGUUCUUUUGGUGCCAAGUAUGUAAUAAAUGCAAAUUGGAAGCUCUAUGGGAAGAAGCAAAGAUU